UUGUUCACCUCUAUCAGCACUUACGUAGGGCAGAAUGUGAUAGUGGUGAUGAAGCAGUUUUUUUUCAAUAAAACAGCAUGAAAACAUAAUCAUGCGUUUGCGGUAAUUGUUCCUUACUUGAGAGAAAAAGCACAAAAAUGAGUGAGAUUGAGAAAAUCCGGGUUGGAUCCCGGAAAAGCGAGCUGGCUCUCAUUCAAACGCGACAUGUGAUUUCACUGCUCAAAAAAAUUCAUCCUGGGAAGGAUUUUGAAAUUGUAACAAUGAGUACAUUAGGAGAUAAAGUCCUAGAUAUACCGUUACCAAAAAUUGGUGAAAAAUCUCUCUUCACCAAAGAACUUGAAGCAGCUUUAAGUACAGGCUGUGUAGAUUUUGUUGUACACUCAUUAAAAGAUCUUCCAACCGUAUUACCUCCAGGAAUGGCAAUUGGGGCUGUUUUGACUAGAGAGGAUCCGCGGGACGCUCUAGUGUUGCAAAAAGAUCAUGACAAAUAUUUAUUAGAGACUUUACCAGAGGGAAGCGUCAUUGGCACCUCUAGUCUACGGAGGGGAGCACAAUUGGCCCGAAAGUACCCCCAUCUCAAGGUUGAAAGCAUUAGAGGAAAUUUAAACACUAGGUUAAAAAAAUUAGAUGAGUUGGGGAAAUAUCAAGCGAUUAUUUUGGCCUCUGCGGGUCUCAUUAGGAUGGGGUGGACUAGCAGAAUAAGCAAGAUUUUAGAUUCUGACGAGCUUUUGUACGCCGUUGGCCAGGGAGCCUUGGCUGUGGAAUGCCGCGAAUCGGACGAGAAAACAAUCGAGCUCCUGAAGCCCCUUUACGACGUCCAAACUGCCCUCCGUGUUAUAUCAGAACGCAGCUUCCUCAAAACCCUCGGUGGGGGCUGUAGUGCACCAGUCGCAGUUUCUAGCGACUUGUCCCGCCUCAAAGACAACAAACACACUUUAAAAUUGAAGGGUGCCGUGUGGUCCCUUGACGGCAAAGAAGAAAUAAUCGAAACGGGAGAAUGCGAAAUCGACAUAAAAAAUACGCAACGUUGCACCGCUUGUCCUUUUAAUACUAGCAACCAGAGCACUUCUUGUGUCCGAGACAUCGAGAAUUUAAAACGUUGCGACACUUGUCCUGACCAAAUGCCGGCCAAAAAAAUCAAACUGGACGAAAUUCCAGUAGAGGUUUUGAAGAACGACCCCCACGAACAUUGCCCAGUGGCGUUACCCAUUGGGGCGGAUUUUAUGGGCAAGUGCCCAUAUCUGGAAGCAAAUAUGGACAAAUGCCCUGUUAAUGGAAAAAUAGAAGGGGCGGAGUUGUUGAAACAGUGCCCUUUUCUCAAAGAGGCAAAGACGGAAAUUAAGGCCGGUCCGAGUGACUCUAAUACGGUUUGUGGGCUUGUUCCUCACACUGAGACGCCAGUGGAGACUUUGAAACAAGCACAAGACUUGGGGGUGCGGCUAGCGCAAAGUUUGCUCGGGAAGGGGGCUGGGGAGGUCAUGGCGAAGGCACAAGCUACAAUACACAGCGCUACAAGCUAAUUUUGUAUAUUUUAUUAAUUCUAUUAAUAAAGGUUGGGAAUUUUUAAA